UCCACUCUCAAAAGUGCAGUGUGAAAGAUUGUUUCAUUUCAAUAAAGGUGCGAGUACUUUUGUAUUUUCUAAACCUAAACACUAAACUAUAUUAUUACAAAGCGACUCUAAAAUUCUAAGUGAUGUGAGGAAACCUGAUGAAUAUUCCUGCUCUUCUGUCUGAGGGCGGAUCAACUGAGGUGUGAGGAGUGCAUUGCUUUGCAUACUGAACCCUGAUUACCUACGGUCGCUGGUCCACUGGAGCUCCACUGGCAGAUGUGAAGUCACACCUGACUCGGCUCACUGGAGGACUAUUCGCUAGAACCCUCCUUUAGAUCAUGGCAUCAGGUUUAAGCGUUAGCCUUUUGUUUGUUAGCAUGCUGCUGUCUGCAGUGAGAUGCAGGGUGGAAAAGGAGCUAUCUCCGGAGUGCAAAGCAUUCCUCUACAUGGGGACGCCGCCGAGAGGACUGGAGCACCACCCUGUGCGCUACAUUUGCCAAUUUUACAACAAGAAACCGCGCUAUGUGACUCUGUACCACAGCGAGUAUCGCAUACCCAUUUACUCUGCCUACACUUUUAAGCGUACGGACGGGGAGAGAUGUGUGGACGUUCCUUGGAUGUACGAACCUCAGUUGUCAACACUUUCCGAAACGGAUGAGAUGCAGCCCUUCCCACGGAAAUACAUACACAUGAACUUUGAGGACUCCCAAGCGAUCCUGGACGAUUACACCAACGCCAUACAUUACGAGCGCGGCACCCUGAACCCAGACGAGCACCAGGACGAGCUCGACGACAAAGCCUCCACCUACACCCUCACCAACGUGGUUCCCAUGGUGCCUGUUUUCACCAACAUCGUCUGGAGCAAACAGGAGCACAUCGUCCGCAAAAGGCUGAACAACUACUGCCGUGGCACGGCUCACAUCGUGACCGGUGUCACCACUUCCGGAACGAGGAUCCGCCGGGACAACCUGGAUCGCAUUGCGGUGCCCAAGUACGUGUGGUCGGCUUACUGCUGCACCGACUUUGACCACAACACGCCGUACGGUGAGCGGCACAAGUUCCCUUCCUUUGCACACUACGCCCUAAACGAGGACGUAGACAACAAUGUGGUGGAGAUGUCCGUCCAGAAGCUGAAGGAUUUCCUCGAGAAGACGAUGUUCUUCAGCAAGGACUUUCAGAUAUUUGUAGGCGACUGUACCCCACCAGCAGCCUGAUGAGGAUAUAUUUGUACAAAAAUACAUGUGAUGUCAUCAAGAUUUGUGAUAUAAACAAGUAUAAAACAAAAGUGGUUCAGAGGUUGUGAAGAAUCUUUACUAGCAAAUGCGCUUUCAC